AUGGAGAACUUCCAGUACAGCGUCCAGCUGAGCGACCAGGACUGGGCUGAGUUUUCAGCCGCCGCUGAAGAGUGUGGCCUCCUGCAGGCCGGCCUGGCCUCUGGGGAUGAACCCUUGUCUAGCGACACUGACCAAAGGGACAGCAGUGGCAGCAGUCCCCCAGGACCCUCACCCCUUCUCGAGGGGCAGCUGGCUCAUGGAGGAAGUAGCUGGCCCAGCUUUGAGGAGGAGGACAAGGCCGCCACCCGGCAGCUGGUCAGCAGGUCUUGGCACGAGCCCAUGCUGGCCCCAGAGGCCGGUCAGCAGACGCCCAGCACGUCCGCACGGUCAGAAGCUCGGCUGUCCCUCAGCUCUGGUGCCACCCCUCUCAUCCAGGGCUCAUCCCUCCCGGGGACAGUGUCUUCCAGAGACGAGAUGCAGAGGCUUCUGCAGGGGCCAGCCCCCCGGGGCCCUGCCCCUACUUCCGUUGGUGAGCCCGCUGGGAGUCCUGAGUCCCCUGGCCGCAGUGCUGCCCCCCAGAGGUCCCCUGGCAGCCCUGGAGCCCCGCCAAGAAGCCCUGGCCGAAAGAAGAGGCGCACUGCAGGCACCAAAGCGGGUGGGCACUCGGGUGGCCCAGGCCCUGCUGCCACCCAGCUGGGUUCGCCACUGCUCACAGAGGCCAGGCCUGAGGACAGCCUUGGCCCUGCUGGGUCCAGGGGGAAGGGUCUCCCAGCAGGAGCAGCAAAGCAGACAGGAGGAACUGGGCAGAUUGAGCUGGGGCCAGAGUCUGCAGGAGCCCCCGAGCAGGUGGCCAGACAAGGGCCAGGUGUGGACCUGUCUAUGUCUGUCCCUACUACUGAGCAGGGAACAGACCGACUUGGAAUGAGCCCCAGAGCUGAGCCAUGCGCUCCUACACCCGCCUCUGAACCUCAACCCGAUGAGCCUCAGCGUACACCCGCCUCUGAACCUCAACCCGAUGAGCCUCAGUCUACACCCGCCUCUGAACCUCAACCCGAUGAGCCUCAGUCUACAGCCACCUUCAAGUCUAGACUGGAUGUGGACCUGCUUGUGCCGGGCCCAGUGGUCCAGCCAGAGGUGGAUUCAUCUGUGCCUGCCUCAAAGGCUGUACCAUGCACAGCUCUGCCUCAUCUUGUGCUCGAGGCUGGAUCUGAUGUGGGUGUGUCUACACCACCUGCUCCCACACCCCAGGCUGGGCCUGACAUGGUGGAAGCAGAGGUUGCUCCCGUGGCCAAGCUGGGUUUGAGCCCUGUUCAGUCUCUAGAGGGGCGCCAACAGAAGCCCAGAGGGGAGCCCUCAAUAGAUGACUCUGGACACCACACUGGGGAGCCCCCUCUAGGCUCCAUCCAAGCACCCAAGAAGAAGAAAGUGCGAUUCUCCAUGGCUGUGCCCAGCUCCGAAGAGGCAGGGUCAGAAGAGGCCUCAGGCCCACCCUCUCCAGCCACAGCCCCCAGGAUAGCAGCUGGGGGCCACAGAGGCUCUGGAGCCUGGGACUCUGUGGCAGUUGGGCCCCGGAGCCCCCAGCCUCGGAUUCUGAAGCACCUGCCCCCCCCUGCCCCCUCUGCCUCUGUGGGGACAGGGCCCAGGAGCUGCUUUGCGGUGACCCUCCCGGAAGCCUAUGACUUCUUCUUUUGUGACACCAUUAAGGAGGAAGACGAAGAGAAUGAGGGGACAGCAGAGGCUGCCCAGGCUCCAGCCGAAGUCCAGUGGCCGGAUGUGUGUGAGUUCUUCUUCCAAGACAGCCAAGCCCAGAGGUUGGAGCACCAGGAGGGCCGCUCCGAGGCCCCACCCCUACAGGCUGGGCCUGUGCUGGCCCCUCCACCUGGAGACCCCAUGCCAAUCUCCAUCCCUGAGGCCUAUGAACACUUCCUCGAUGAGGACAGGUCAGGGGGCACGCUGGGGCCAGCCGCCCUUCUCCAGGUGCAGGCCACAGAGCCCCCCAGGUCAGUCCUCUGGGGAGUGGGGACUGGCGCCCCACCAGAGUCCGGCCCAGCCACAGUGGAACAGCUCACCCUGGCCAUCAGGGAAGCAGUGGCACCCCGGGGUCCCCUCACCUCGUUCACCUUCAGCCAGAAAGACAUGUGCAUGGUGUUCGUAGCCUUUGCUACCUGGGCUGUGAGAACAUCAGACCUGCAUGCCCCAGAUGCCUGGAAAACAGUUCUGCUGGCCAACAUUGGCACCAUCUCUGCCAUCCGAUAUUUCCGUCGGCAGGUGGAGCGGGGCCGCCACAGCCGCAGUCGCAGCCCCAGCCCCAGCUCUAGCCCCAGCCCCUAG